CUCUCUCUAUCUCUAUCUCUCUCUCGGUCUCUUCGAGGAAAAGGAAAGCAAGUCUGACGACCAUUCGCUUCGCCGGUGGCGAUAGGCAAGAAACCCUAGCGUGGGUGGUGAUCGCGCUAACACGUCUUCUUGGCCGCUUCCCAGACUUUGAUCUAUGGCUUCCAAGAGGAUCCAAAAGGAGCUGAAGGACUUGGAGAGGGACCCUCCUGUGUCUUGCAGUGCAGGCCCUGUCGGCGAGGACAUGUUCCACUGGCAAGCAACCAUUAUGGGACCUGCUGACAGCCCCUAUGCUGGUGGUGUAUUUUUAGUGAAUAUUCACUUUCCACCAGACUACCCAUUCAAGCCACCAAAGGUCUCUUUUCGCACCAAAGUUUUUCAUCCAAAUGUCAACAGCAAUGGUAGCAUCUGCCUCGACAUCCUCAAGGAGCAGUGGAGCCCUGCUUUGACCAUAUCAAAGGUGCUGUUAUCCAUAUGCUCACUUCUGACGGAUCCCAACCCUGAUGAUCCAUUGGUACCUGAGAUCGCUCACAUGUACAAGACUGACAGAGCCAAGUACGAGACAACUGCCAAGUCUUGGACUCAGAAGUAUGCCAUGGGAUAGAAAACUUUCUACUUUUGUGGAGCAUUCGCAGGUUGGAUCUCUUGGAAAAUAAGAUAUGUAGUAGUAGUGCUAUUGUCAUGGGCUAAACUACUAUUUGGUACCCAACUGGAGAUCCUUAAAACUCUUGUAGACCUUAAUAUACAUAUGAAUCUUAAUUUCUUCCUGUUGUUUCUGCA